UCGUAGUAGCGCUUGCCGGCACAGCUAAACUAACAAAUUGUCUUAACAUAUAAUUAUUAAUUUUUUAAAAAUGGCAGGAAAUAACGAAAGCAGCAAUGCCGAGGCCGCAAAUGAUCACAUUGAUCUAGCGCUAUACCGCAAACUGGUUAAGCAGUUUAUAGACAUGCGCCGCUAUUCAACCGCUUUGUUUUGGGCCGAAAAGGUAGCCGUUCUAAGCGGCCAGGAGCCGCGCGACAUCUAUUAUCAGGCACAGUGUAUGUUUCUAUUGGGCGAGUACCAUCGCGCGGCUCAUACAAUUCAGCACUAUAAGCUAGAGAAAAGCUCUCUCCCUUGCUUUAAUCUGUUGCUGGAGAGUCUCUAUGCGGCGAAAGAGUACAACGAAGCGGCAAACAUAAUACAAAUCGUGGAGGUGGAGACAAUGACCACAUCCUUGAUUAAUCAGCCGGUAGAUCCGGGCAGCGGCUUCUGUUUGGAGAGCAACAGCGUCUUUGGCGGCGAAGAAAAUAAUCGGAAUGAGCUGCUGGCUUCUAUCUUCUUGAUGAAGGGCAAGGUAUAUGAAGCAUUGGAUAAUCGUGGUAUGGCCAUGGAUUUCUUUGUGCAGGCUCUACACAAAUCUAUAUAUUGCUUUGAGGCACUGGAAGCGUUGGUGCAGCAUGAAAUGCUCAUGGCUUGGGAGGAGUUUGAGCUGAUGCACCAUUUGCCGCUGGCCCAACAAUCUAGCGAGGCUGACGCCAAGCUCAUUCUAAAGCUAUACGAGUCUAGAUUGAAAAAGUACUAUGAGCUCAUUUCAGCGCGGAAUGCUGAGGAAAUUUCACCGAUUGUCAACCCGGAUGUACUCAAGUAUAUUAAGGAGUUCACCGUACGCGUGCAGCAAACUUGUGCAGCGGAUACUCAAUUGCCCAAGCCAUCUGUGCCGAAAACAACAGUGACUCCAAGUCAGUUUAUGUCACCCGCACAAAAAGUGCUGGAGGAUCUGAAAGCGCCGACAUUUUCUUUACAAACGAGUCUGUCACGCGCUUCAUCCAUGAUUGAUGCUACGCAGCGUUCGCUUUUUGAUGCAUCCAAUCGUCGUAGUUCGCGUGAGCAUGAAAUAGACACUUUAAUAUCGCUUAACGACUGCCUAUCCCGAGUGCAGCGCAGCACAGAUCUACUAGCUUCAGAGGCUGAGAAAUGUUUUUAUGACUGCGAUUACAAGCAGAGCCUUAAAAUUCUAAAUAACUUGCUAAAGGUAGAUCCUUUCCACAAUAGCGCCCUAACCAUACAAAUUGCCUGUCUUGUGGAGAAUGGUGACUUCAAUAGGCUCUUCUAUGUGGCCCACAAAUUGGUCGAUCGGUAUCCGGACAAGGCCAUUUCUUGGUAUGCCGUUGGCUGCUACUACGACAUGAUAGGCAAAAGUGAUCCAGCUCGUCGUUACUUGUCGAAAGCCACAUCGCUGGAUCGCUUCUAUGGUCCCGCCUGGUUGGCCUAUGGACAUUCCUUUGCCAAUGAGAACGAGCACGAGCAGGCUAUGGCUGCCUACUUCAAGGCCACCCAACUUAUGCGUGGCUGCCAUUUGCCAUUACUCUAUAUUGGUGUGGAGUGUGGACUUACCAAAAAUCUCGAAUUGGCAGAGAAAUUCUUUCUGCAAGCCAUGACCAUAGCUCCAAUGGAUGUUUAUGUACUGCAUGAGCUGGGCGUCAUUAAAUACGAAUAUGAGUAUUUCGAUGGCGCUGCCACAAUCUUUCAGUCUACCGUUAACAUUGUUAAGCAGCGCGCCAAGACCAAUAACGAAGAGGUUUCGGCACGGUGGGAGCCGCUUUUUGUAAAUCUAGGUCACGCCUGUCGCAAAAUACAAAAAUUCGAGGAGGCGCUGUACAAUUUUCAAUUUGCGCUUUUGCUGAAACCCCAAAGCGGCACUACAUACACCUCCAUUGGCUUUAUACACGCUCUACUUGGCAACUUGGACGAGGCAAUUGAGUAUUUCCACAAGAGCUUAGCGCUAAAUCGUGACUGCAUUGUCACCUCCACAAUAUUAAAGGAAUGUAUUGAGGAUUUAAUGGAUGAUACCUCCACAAUUGAUGAGAUUUGCAGCAAGGCACUGAGAGAUGUGACUGAAUCCAUAACGGCCAGCAGUCGGCGCGUGCUCAACGCAGAUAAGUUAAGUGGCAUCAAAAUGAACUUGAAAUUCGAUGAGGAGGAAGAGCUCUCAAACUCAGACUCAAAUAUGGUAGUAGAAAUGAGCUUCGAUACCUAGAGGAUCAACGAACAAUUUGAGUUCAACCAAAAUAUUUUUUCUUAAUGACUCAUUAAAUAGUCCCAAUUACAAUAAUUUGAUAGGUGCUGCAAACAACGGCUGCCACCUGCACUUGAACCCAAUUCAUGCACACGGCUUACACAGCUGUUUUGGCUAACGAUCCAAAAAGAGCAUGGGAUUUUUUAAAAUGUUUUUCCCAUAUCUAUUUGAAGCUGCCGCCGUGCUGUGUUUUAUUUGCAUUGUACUAAGUAUUUAAGUAUGCGAAUUGCUCUUCUCAAAAUCAUUGUAUUCUCGGCUAUUCGCUAGAAAAUCGUUUUUGUAUUUCUCACUUACAAGAAUU